AUGGCAGAUCCUGGACGAGUGUUGGGAGAACGUGUCUUCUGCUACCAAUGCAACAAUGAAUGGGACCGGGCGCAUGGAGGAUUGAUUUGCCCAAGAUGUGAAGGCGAAUUCACUGAAAUUCUUGCCCCAGAAACAGAGCCAGACUUUGGUCUGGAUGACAUACCAACCCCAACUUCAUCGCAUCCGCACCCUCUGCCUGAUCUUCGACCUUUGCUUAAUCAUAACCCAUGGGCCGACACUUUCGGGCCCGAUCCGCACGACAACUUUACCACCUUCGAAUUCACGAGUGGCAAUGGUGGAGGGAGAGUUUCUUUCAGCACGAGGACAGUCAGAACAGGUGGCCUGCUAGGACCAAAUAACCACGGCAUCCCCCCCAUAUUUCGAAAUUUGUAUCCUCCGGAGGGCUUCCAUGGAGGAGGUCCACCCCGAGAUCCUUUCGCACAUAACCAACCCGGAAAUCUACAAGACCUCCUCGGAAUGAUUCUACAGUCAAUGACCACAGCAUCGACACGCGCUGGGAUGGAAGGAGACCAACACGCAGGUCCGCAUGGACAGAACCCUCCAUUGCCACCAUUUGACUUCUUGGGACAAUUACUUAUGCCUGGCAACAUUGGCCAGCAUGGCGAUAUGGUAUUCAGCCAGCAGGCUUUUGACCGAGUCAUAGAGCAGCUUAUGGAGCAGAAUGGUGGAAGCGGGGCACCACCACCUGCAUCCGAGGAAGCGAUUCGAUCAUUGGCGAAGAAGCAAGUCGACCCAGAGAUGUUAGGUCCGGAAGGUCGAGCUGAGUGUUCGAUCUGCAUGGACGACGUGAGCUUAGGAGACGAAGUGACAACAUUACCUUGCAACCACUGGUUCCAUGGUGACUGUGUUACGGCGUGGUUGAAGGAGCAUGACACUUGUCCUCACUGUCGGAAGCCUAUCUCAACCCCUGAUCAGCCACCGCAAGCCAGCUCUUCACGACGGCGGCGGUCAAGCCGACGAAUGUCGUCUGUAUCUAGCCCUAUCGGCUUCGGCCCUGAAGCCAGCAGGUAUAACACCGCCACGAUGCCCGAAGGUCGAGGCGAGGCCAGAUCACCUCGGCAAGCCUAUCCUGCAAGGAGAGCGGAAAGCUAUGUGGAACGCCCCGGACCUGUCCGACAUGGGAGUCAUCGAUCCUCUUCCCGACGACACAACGCGAGAGAUGACGAUGAGAGUGGUGGUGAUGGGGCAGGUAAUAGAAACCGCCAUACCGGAGGAGGUGGUGUGACGGGCUGGAUCAGAGAUCAUUUGCCUUUUCCGUAG